CUUAAGCUGUCAUCUAUCACCAAUUCAUAGCUUCCAACAUUUUCAUUUCAUUCGUAAUCAGGUUUUCCACAGGGAGAUGGCAAUGAAGGUGUAUGGGCUGCCAAUGUCGACCAAUGUAGCCCGCGUACUGGUGUGUUUGGAGGAAGCUGGGGAACAAUAUGAAGUUGUUCCGAUUGAUUUCUCAAUUGCUGAGCACAAGAGCCCAGAGCAUACUUCACGUAAUCCAUUUGGUCAAGUCCCAGCUCUUCAGGAUGGUGAUUUAAUUCUUUUUGAGUCACGUGCAAUUUCGAAGUACGUGCUUCGUAAGAACAACUCUGAACUCCUGAAGGAGCACAACCUUUCUGACGCUGCCAAGGUUGAUGUGUGGCUGGAAGCUGAGUCACACCAUUUCGAUGAGCCCAUGUCCGUGGUCAUCUACCAAUGCCUCAUCCUCCCUGUGUAUUUCGGUGGACAAACCGAUGCGAAGGUUGUGGAAGAGAAUCUGGAGAAGCUCAAGAAGACAUUUCAGGUGUAUGAAGAGCGUCUGUGCAAGUUCAGGUACUUAGCUGGAGACUUCCUGAGCCUUGCGGAUCUGAGCCAUUUCCCAACUGCGUACUACCUGCUGGCCACCCCUCAUGCUGCUAUGCUCGAUGAGUUCCCUCUUGUGAAGGCUUGGAUCGAUGGCAUGUUGGCCAGGCCGUCUGUCAAGAAGGUCAUAGAGAUGAUGAAGGCAACUGCCUAGAAAAAAAAUAAAUCGUGUUGCUUGUUGUGAUGAUCCUUGUGAUCUCUCUAAAAUGAUGUUGUCUGAGAGGAAGUGAUUGAAUAAAAACAUGGAGCAGGAAUUAUGUUUGGGCGGUUUGCUUCAUAAGUA